CUUUUUUCCGACAGCCCCUGAACGCAUCAACCGACACACUUUUGGAGACGGUGUUGAAGUAGACUGAAGGAAUCCAGAAGUUGCCACCGCCAAGUUCACAUUCCUCAAAGAAGGAGGAGUUCAGGGGGCAUUUUAAAACAAGGAAGGUUAACAGCCUCAGAGUGUCGAGCUUGGUGCGACUGGAGGAGCCUCCAAACAGGACAACAUCAACAUGGCAGACAUGACAGUGGAAGAUAUGACCAUGAGGGCCAACCAAGUGACCGACGAGUCACUGGAAAGCACACGGAGGAUGCUACGGAUGGCGGAGGAGAGCAAACAGACUGGCACCAACACCAUGGUGAUGUUGGACGAGCAAGGAGAGCAGCUGAGGCAUGUGGAAGAGGGCAUGGACCAGAUCAACCAGGACAUGAGGCAGGCUGAGAAAAACCUGACCGACCUCUCCAAGUGCUGUGGCCUCUGCGUCUGCCCCUGCGACAGGGUGACAUCCAUAGAGCACGACUCGCGCUACAAGCGCACCUGGGGGAUUGGAGGAAGUGACGCUGGCAGCACUGCAGGCAGCGACGGGGCCGUGAUCUCCAGGCAGCCCUCAGGUGUUCGCAAUGGCCAAGCCCCGCAAGUGAACACAUCGGCCCCCUCAGGACCAUACAUUAAGAGGAUAACUAACGAUGCACGUGAGGAUGAGAUGGAGGAAAACCUGGACGCGGUGGGCAGCAUCAUUGGCAACCUGAAAACCAUGGCUGUGGACAUGGGCAAUGAGAUCGACAAGCAGAACAAACAGAUUGACCGCAUCACAGACAAGGCGGACAUGACUAAAAUUCGCAUUGAUGAAGCAAACCAGAGAGCCAACAAGCUGAUCAACUAGAACAGAAGACCUGCCAGUUUCAUCCAUCAGCCUUGAGCCUCUGCCGCAGCACACAUACACUCACACACACACGCGCACACACACACCAAGCACGCAUGCACUCUUUCACAAGACAUUCAUGCAGGAAGAUUGUUUUUGACAGCAUUGGACCCACCGUUUCUCAAUUGAACACAUACACACUCACCUCAUAUGCCUUUUUAUAAAUGGCCCCCCACUGUUAACCAGCAUCUUCUCUUUGUAUCUAUUCAUAGUCAUGCUGGACACUGAGAAGCAGCGUGGGCAUCAGAAGCUCUUCCAAAGAGGAAGUGACUGACUGCCUAUCACUGCUGUUUGAUACCAAAUAUACACAAGCCUGUUCAUAUAAUCUCAGCAGGGGGAGAGGUAGAAGAGGUCGGAUGCUUCCUCCUCACUUUCUCUUUGCCACCCUUUUACCCUUUAAGUCAAGUUUGGUUGCAAGUUUGAGCGCUAUUGGCUUGAUUCAGAACUUCACAGUGUUUCUCACAGGAAGAAUGAUGGACCUGUGUCUGUCCUUUUGUCUUUGCCAGAUCUGUCUCUGUGGUAUGUGAGGAUGAGGUUACUGAUCAUUACUGAUUAGCUAUCUUUAGAGAUAUACAGGACAAUUUUCAUUUGUAUAUCACCCCCUUUUGGUCCUAUCAUGAUAUGACUGCCUCUAGUUUGUCAUAAAACUACGUAUGAGAUAAUGCUCUGCAGCAGUGCAUCUCAUUCAAAUUAUGUUAUUGGUUCACUGUGUAAUUAACUUUAUUGUAUCCAUUUGUAUUAUUGAGAUGAUAUGAUUAUUUAAUUCUUAUGAAGCAGAAAUGACUUGUGAAUAAAGUUGGCUUUUCAAUGCUUUCUUCCCAUGUCAUUUAUGCUGUUUUAGAUAUUAAAGUUAUUUUGAACUAUUGAAUAUUGUGCUUUGAAUUAAGUCUUGACAAAUCUUUUUGACCUGUCAAAGCAAUUACCCCUCAGAAAUAGCAAUCUAUAGGAAUAUUGUUUGUUAAUUUUCUUACUGAUGGAAAGUAUAGAAGUUAUUCUGGUUUGUAUGAAAUAAAAUUAUACGGUCCUGACCUAUUAAAAACUAAUUUAUAGCAACCAAUUGGUAUUUAAAUGCAAAGCAGAGGUCAGUAGCCACUAUGAGGGACGUUUAUCAUUACCUCUUUAAUCCAAGGAAACUUGUUUACUUUAUAUAGUAACACUGAGUAUGGGAAAACAAAAAAUAAUCCUGAUUAUGUGUAACAAUAGAUGAUUACUAUAAUCCGAUUUGCUGUCUCCACCAGUGGAUCAAAUGCUGUAUUUAAUAUUUUGUGUCUCAUGAGGUUUUUCAUUCUGACUGCAGUAUCGGGGUAAAUGCUUCAUCAUGGCUGUUUCAAUUGCCCACAGUCAGUCUGGUUAUCUGCCUGUAAUCUUUACCUCUUUAUCUUUGUGUAUAAUAAUGGUUUAUGACACCCAAGAGGAGAGACACAGUGUAUGCAGGGUUCCUGUAAACAUUCAGCAAUUAGUCUGCGAAAGUAUAUAAAAAAAAAUUCCCAGUUCUCAUGCACAAUUGCACUGUCUCUUGAUAUUUUUACUGUGUGAGAAUCUGUGGCAUUAUGCAUCUGUCAUAUGAAACCCUGACCCAAAAUCUCUAAAAUCCACUUAUGACAUCAGUGUGGAAAAGUGUGGCAUUUUGAAAAGCAAGGAUGUGCAGGAACCCUGUCAGUGCAGUGAAGAGGGUUCACGGUUGUGUUGUAACAGCCAUUUUAUCACAAACCGCUCCUCUGCAUGUGUUCUGUAAAUAGCCCAUUUUCACAGCAGAGCUAAAGUGAAUUGAUAAUAACUGAUGAUGGAAAGUGUAAUUUGCUUGUUGGAGCCGCAGCCCAGCUGAAAAAUUACUGCUUGGGGCGAGAUGCAGAAAUACGUCAUGUAAAUUUUGUUGUUUAGGGUGUAAGCUUAGCAGCAUAAUAAGUCCUGGCUAGUGCUGUUAGGCCUCGCUGCGGAAAAUUGUCUGAUGAUGAAAUAGUAUAAUAUGCUGAAAAAAUAUCACUUGCAUGCAUCUUGUAGCUUAUUUGUUUUGAAGAAAAAUGAUAAUUUGUCUGCCCGCUCCAGGCAUAUACCUAUUGAGUUUGUAAAGACUGAAAUUAACUUAUUCAGGUCUUUGCGUAGCUAUAAGACAUCAUCUUCAGCCUGUUACUUGUCAGCUGAGAUCUAAUCAGUCCAGCCAGAGGCCGCUUCUCUGUCUAGGGGCUGUUUAUUAAUUGUGUUACCAGCAGCCACUGUAAUGUACAUACAAAACCAGUUUUGCCUAUUUUGAAUAUAUUGAUAUAUGCAAUGUGUCUUAUCUGAAAUUAGCUUGGUUAAUGGAUGACUAUUACACAUAGUGGAAAAAAAUGCCUUUUAUUUCAUGCCUGCCUGUGUUUCAGGCUUCCUUUUUGAAUGUUAAAUUGUUUGUAUUCAAUAAAUCUCUUCUGAAAGUCA